AUGGCUGCGCUGAAACUGAUCAAGCAAGGCGCAAAAGUGGCAAUUGGAAACGGUAGAAAAACCAAACUAUGGGAGGAGCAAUGGUUGGGAAGCAAGCCUACCUUCGCACGUAGAACCACAAGUUUCAUACUACCUCAAUACCGACAGAUAGUGACGCCUAGCAUGACAGUUGUUGAUCUGAUGAAUGUUCCCGGAAAAGAAUGGAACAGAGAGCUCAUUGAAAGCAUCUUUCCAGAGAACAUCAAAGAGCAAAUUCUAGCUACAAAUAUCCAAGGGAGUCACGGAGAGGACACCUACUACUGGGAGUACACUAAAACCGGCCACUACACCGUCAAAUCUGGGUACUGGGUGCAGCAAAGCAUAAACAAACCAGACCAGAGCAACGAGACAGUGGAUCGACCGAGCCUUGAUGGCCUCUUUCAGCAGAUAUGGAAGAUGAAUACAAGCCCAAAAGUUCACCAUUUCCUUUGGAAAUGUCUCAGCGACUCACUACCAGCAGCUGCAAACAUGAGGAACAGACAUAUAGCCAAAGAUGGUAGCUGUGGAAGAUACGCUAUGGAAGAUGAGACGAUCAAUCAUAUACUCUUCACAUGCCCAUAUGCUCGGUUGAUUUGGGCUUUGUCUCCAAUUCACGCUCCAAAAAAUGGAGUAUUGUCAGACUCUCUCUAUGCAAACCUGGCCCGUGUGAUGAACCUGAAACAUCAAGACCCUACUGAAAAGGUGUAUGAUGAUCUCGUUCCUUGGCUGCUCUGGAGAAUCUGGAAAAACCGAAAUGAGUUCCUCUUUAAAGGAAUUGACUACACACCGCCAAGCACAGUCAGUAAAGCAAGAGAGGACAUGGAAGAAUGGUUGAAAAGAAAGGAGGAAGAAAAAACUGUAGCCAAUACAGCCCCUCGCAGCAGUCAACACCAUCGAUGGAAACCCCCACCCACUAGCUGGAUAAAAUGCAACUCAGAUGGAGCAUGGCAGAGAGAUCGACAUCAAAAUGGAAUGGGCUGGAUAAGUAGAAAUGAACAUGGCAAACUGCUCUGGGCGGGCAUGAAAAGCGUUCAGGGACUGAGAUCACCUGCAGAAGCAGAAGCGGAAGGGAUCAAAUGGGCAAUGCACUCCAUGAGCAGCCUAGGAUACAAGCAGGUGAUCUUUGAGACAGAUGCACUCUUGAUUGUCAAAAUGGUUGCAGGAACUGAAGAAAUAUGGCCAAAUCUCAAGCCAAUCAUUAUGGAAAUACAAAACUGUCUCACUGGAAACGCUAGCUACAGGCUCGAGUAUUAUCCAAGAGAGAGUAAUAAAGCAGCAGAUAAGAUAGCAAAUGAGGCUUUUUCUUUACAGAAUCAUGUCUCUAAGUUAUAUUCUAUUGUGCCAGUUUGGUUAAAAUCUGUGUUUGAGACAGAUUUGUCUACUGUAGUUCCAAACUUUAUGGGUUGA